AACUUGGUUAUGGGUCAGACUGCCGAGGGGGAAGCCUUGCAUGAUCCCAUGCGGUCUCUUGUGGAGGUGCUCAGUCCCGACACAAUGACAGAAUUGGAGCGUUUUCGUCUGGUGGUAAUCUUUAUCCUUUCACGAAGUGGAAUCUCGGAGGCACAUUUGGAUAAACUGUUGGACUACGCUCGUCUUUCGCUCACCUACAAGUCCAUCAUCGCUGCUCUUUCCUCCGUCCUGGGUGCAAGGCUGAUUAACUCCUCUGUAAGUUUCCUGUUUUUUAUUCUGGCGGUCCUCAUCAGGGUGUUUAAGUCUUUACCGAAGUCUUCCUACCUCACGGAAGUAGAAUGCUUUGCAUUCAGUACUAUUUAG